UGACCAUAGCUAAGACUUCAGUGAGAGAAAAAGAGUGACAACUGACAAGUAAGAAUCCCUCAAUUUCUCUGUCUCACCGAGUGAGUGAAUCAGCAAGUUAAAUCGGCUGCCAAAAAAAAAAAACAAUGCGGGAAUCCGACGAAACUCGAAUUUCCGAUUCACCGGAAAAAAUGUCGGCGCCGCCAAAACCAAUUCAGGUGCUUAAUGGCGAAACGCAGCGUUUUAAUCCCCAUGAUAUGCAAAUAGUUCCAGUUGUUCGGAGUAUCCCAGAAUUUGAGCUUCCUGAAGAUUGGGUUGUUGAAGUUCGCCCUCGUGGGCCCAAUUCUUCUUUGAAGAUAUCUGAUAAGUACUAUUAUGAGCCUGGAAGUGGACGUCAGUUCCGCUCUCUGAUUUCUGUCAAAAGGUACUUAUCCGGAGAAGAACAUAUCGAGAUCCCCAGGAAAAAGCCAAGCAAUAGUUUAGUGCCUUAUCAGAACUCUGGUUCCUUCAGGAGAAUCGCCUAUGGGGGGAAGAUCUUGAGGCCAGAUGAAUUGGAGGAGGCACGCCAAGGAGACCUGGAUGACAUAUAUCCUGAAACUAUACAACCUAAAUCAGCUUCCAUACUACCUGAUGGCUGGAUUGUGGAGGAAAUUCCACGAAGAUGUGGCUUUAGGAGUGACAGGUAUUAUAUUGAGCCAGGAACAGGUCAGAGAUUUCGAUCAGUACCAGAAGUUCAGAGAUAUCUGGCAUCACCAAAAUAUAGUUCAAAAGGCAGGGCAUUAACUUUGAAAAAUCAUUCAACAGCUCCGCGAAGUCCAGCUCCGCGGAAGAAGAACACUUCACUUAAGAUGUUCAAGACCUCGAUUAUUGACCUCACAAAUCCCCCAGAAAAAAUAAAUUGGGUAUUUAGUGGCGAUGAGAGAGAGGACUGGAGCCCUCUUGUAGAAGAAUGCAUGCUUCCAGAUUAUGUAAAGGAACAAUGGGCAGAAACUUUCUUGCUUGGUAUGAAUGGAUGGAAGCACAAAGUCCCACAGUUGACGAUGGGUGAGAUUAAUCGCACAACAAAUGCAUAGAAUGGAGAUCAGUUUUCCCCGACUUUGUAAAUUGUCUCAAUGUUUGUCUACCAUGAACUAUGAACUGAUCCUGUACAGUCUUAGAUUUGUUAGAGGAUUGGAAUGCUAAAUCAGAAUGCUUUACCUUAGCCGGUCCCUGUCUUUCAUAUAAUCGCCUUGCAGGCGACUUCAAGUUUGUGACACAGAAUGCUUUGCCUUA